AUGAAAAGUUUUUUGUUUAAAAAUUUUAAUAAAUAUGAUCAAGAAUAUAAAAACAAAUAUAAAUAUCUUGAUAUAGGGAAAGACUGUUAUAAAAAUAAAAGCCUAUUUUUACAAUUACGUAAUCAUAUUUCUAUAUACAAGAAAUUAAAAGUAGAAAUAGGUAAUGUCCAUAAAAAUAAAGUAUUUUACAAUAUAUAUCGUAAUAACUUUUGUAGAAGUAAAAACAUAAUUAAAGCAGAUUAUAUUUAUAACAAAAAAAGAGUAUUGUUCUCAUCAUAUAAGAAAUUAUAUAAUAGAAAUAUAACAAAACUUAUUAGGGUGUGUCAAAAAAGUGAGCACAUUAAGAAAAAGAAUAUUUUGUUAUUAGAAGGUAAAUAUAGAGAGAACAGGAUAUUUGAUUUGAUUGAUUACGAAUUAAAGGAUAAUAGAACAAACCAAUGUAAUUGUGCUAUUAAUAAUAAAGAUAAGUGUAAAGGUAAGUGUAAGUGUGUGAGUGAAAGUAAGCUUAUGAAUGAGAGUAAGAUUAAGAAUAAUAAUAUUAUUAAUAAUUACUAUAUAAAUUCAGAUAGCAUUCCAUAUAAUAAAUGUGCUGGAGAAAACAUCUGUAGUGUUAAUAUAAAGAAACACUAUAUUAAUAAUUAUUAUCACAUAUUUUAUUACAAUCCAUAUAAAAUGAGAACAAUACGAUUUAGUAAUUUUGCUCAAGCAGCUAUUUCUUUAAAGAAAGAUACAUGUAUAAAAUUUUCAAAACUUAACUUAAGUGAUUUGUUAUUAUUUAUAAAUAAGAAUUUAUUAGAAGACGAUAUUGACCUAAAGACUUGGAAUAAUUUAUUUGUUCAUAUAGAUAAGCUGAUAUCUAAAAAGACAAAGAAUGAAGAACAAAAAGUAGAGAUUUCUCUUUUUUUUGAUGGGCUAACAAAUUAUGAAUGCUAUGUACUUAUAGAUAAUCUUAAAGAUAUUGAAGAGUGUGUAAAAAAUAAUAUUUGUGAUAGUAUAUUUUUGGAAUGUUUUGUUAAUAGUUUGAAGAAUAGGGAUAUAACCUUUUGGCAUGAGAGGAAGAGACAUGAACAUUGUGGGAAAGAAGACGAUGUAAAAAUAUUAGAAAAAUGUAAUAAUAAUAAUAAUAAUAAUGAGAAGAAGAAGAAGAAGAAGACGAAUGGUGAUGGUUAUGAUGAUGAUAGACAUAGUAUGAUAAAAAAGGAGAAUAAAGAAAAUAAAAGAAACGAAAGUAAAAUAAAAUCAUAUAUAAAGAAAAAUAUAAAGGGUUUUUUAAAUAUAUCAACAAGUGAAAAAAGUAAUAACAUGGAUAAUAAUAACAUGCAUAAUAAUAAUGAUGAUAAAAGAAAGGGUGAUUUAAUUAAGAGAGAUGUUAAUGACAAUAUAAAUAGAAAUGAAAAAAAUGAUAAGAUAUAUGAUAGAUUAAAAAUAUGUUCAAGAAAUAUUAAGGAUGUAAAAAUGAUUAAGAAAUGGUUUAAUCUUCUUAGUUAUUUUAAUAACAAAUCUGAAUUUAUAAUAAUAAUAAAGGAAUAUUUAAAUAAAAUAUUUCGACAAAAUAUUGAUGAAUUAAUAGAUAUAAACUAUUUUUCUAAAACUGUACAUUAUUUAACAAAUCAAAUUAAUAGUAAAAGUAUUCAUGCUAUAAUAUAUACAUAUGAGAAGAAAUUAGAUUUAAUGAAAUCAUAUGAUUUUAGUUAUAGUUUAAUAAUAUUAUUAAGAUUUUUAAUAUUAAAUCAUAAUUUAUUUAAUAAAAUCAUUGAUUAUGCUAUUGAUGAUCCUUUUAAAAAAUUUGAGGAAGCAAAAUAUUUUAUUCGAUUUAUUAAAAGUAUAGAUAGAUAUCCAUUAAUAUAUCCUAAUGAUAUAAUAUAUAAUAGUACAGAAUUAUUUCAAAAGAAUAUGAAUGAUUUAUAUAAUUUUACAUUUACCAUAUUUAUAAAAAAAUUAAGUAUGAAAUUAAAUGAUUAUAAUAUAUCUAAUUUAUUAUUUAUAUCUGAAUGUUUAAGUGAAGUUAUAUUUAUACCUAAUACACAAAAUAAUAUAUUACAUAUAUUUAUUAAUAAAUUAAGAUAUCAUAUAAAUAAUUCAAUAGAUAUAUUAUCAGUGGAUAAUUAUAUGUUAGUACGCCUUUUUAAAAUAUCAUCUAUUUUUUCAUUUGUACCAGAAAUGGAAGUAUAUAUAAAAAGUAUUAGAAAUAAGAAAGAGCAUGAUUUUAUGAAACCUAAAGAAUUUAUACACCAUAUGAAUUGUAAGGGAUAUGUAAGGACUCCAAAGUUGGUAAUGGAUUAUAGAAACUAUCUAAGAAGUAAUAGGAAGAGUGGUAGACAUACUAUAGCUGUUAUGAAUACUAAUUAUGUCAAGAUGGAAAAUAUAUAUAAUACUGCUAAAAAUAAAAAUGAUAUAUAUUUUAUGCAUGACAUACAAAAUGAUGAAUUCCUAUAUGAUAUAAAGGAACAAAAAGAUAAAAUUCGUGAGUAUGAUCAUACAAAUGAACAGUGUACAUAUAUUAAUAAUGUUCAUAUUGAUAUGGAUAACAACAACAACAACAACAACAACAAUAAUAAUAAUAAUAAUAAUAAUAAUGUGAGUGUACAGAAUGCUCAUCUUAAUGAAGAAUAUGUAAUUUCAAAAAGUAAAGCUCAAACAUAUAUCAAUAAUACAAAAAGUAAAAUAAGUACACUUUUAUGUGGUAAGGUAAAUGAUGUAGAUAAAGAGGAACAGCUUGGUGAAACAAAAAAUAUCAAUAAUAAUAUAUAUUAUAAUAAUAAUAAUAAUAAUAAUUAUGUAAAUACAUCUAAUGAAAAAAAUGAUAUUUAUGAUAAUGAAAAAAAUGAUAUUUAUUAUAAUGAAAAAAAAGAUAUUUAUGAUAAUGAAAAAAAUGUUAUUUAUGAUAAUGAAAAAAAUGAUAUUUAUGAUAAUGACAAAAAUGUUAUUUAUGAUAAUGAAAAAAAUGAUAUUUAUUUUAAUGACAAAGAGAAUAUUAUUGCCUCUUCAAAAAUUAAUAAAAAUAAAAAAAUUCUUAAACAUACAAAUGAACAUACUGUUAAGGACCUAAUCACAUCGACUGAGCAACAGAAAAAGAAAAACUUAUCUUUUAAUUUAGAAAAUGAUAAAGUUAUAAAUUAUUAUUAUUAUGAAGGAUCAGAACUAUCUGAAGGAAGUCAAGGUAAUAAAUUUCGUAUAGAUUCCUGUCUUACACAAUAUGAUUUGUUACAAGUAAAGGAUGAUAAAAUUUUUGAUUUAACAAAUUAUCUAAUAAAUUAUAAUAUAAAUCAAGACGUACAUAAGAAAUAUAAAAAAAAUAAAUUCUUAUUAAAAAAUAUUGUUUUAUUAUUAUGUUCUCAAAUAGAUAAGAAAUUAGAAGAUAUGAUAAACGAAAUGGAAAGUAAGAAAAUAAAUUUGUUCAUUGAAAAAAAUCAAAAUAAUAAAAAAAAUAUUCCAAUGACUAAAGAACAAUUAAUUCAAGAAAUAAAAUAUAUUAACGAAAUGAAUAAUGAUAAAAAGAAAAUAAAUAAUAAUGAAUAUAUUAUUAAUAUGAAUAAAGAUAAAAAUAAUAACAUAUCAAAUGAUAAUAAUAAAAAAAAAAGAAUGGAAGAAUUAUAUAAAAAUUAUUUAAUAUUUUAUGAUAUCAGUAUUUUAAGUGACAUAGUACAAUUUAGUCAUUUCUCGAUUAAUACAAAUAAACAUACGUACGAAUUAAUUAAAUGUAUAAAAAAAAGACUGGAAGAAAUAAUGAAUUUUUAUUAUAUAAAAAGUAAUAAGCAUGAGGAUGAUGACAUAUUAGAUAUUACAAAAAGAAUAAAUACUAUAAAUGAUAAUAAAAAGAAAAAUGUUAAUUCAAAUGAUCAUUUACAAACUUAUACAGAUAUAAAAGAAGUUAUAUAUUAUAAGGGUAAACAUAUAAAUGAUGAAACACAAAAAAAUAAAUAUAAUACAUGUACUACAUAUAAUAUAUCAAAUAUGUCUAAUUAUAACAAGACAAAUACGGUUCUAAUAAAAUAUAAAGAUAAUAAAAAUAAUAGAAAUGAGGGUAAUGUCGAUGAAAUAAUGUUACAAAAUAUAACUACCUUCAAAUUAUAUAAUUUUUAUUGUGCAUGUCGAAAUUUUAGUCCCUCAUUUUUAUUUGCGUUCUCAGAUAUUUUAUUAAAACUUACACCUAAAAUAAAUGUUAUAGAUACUGAAAAACAUGUUGAUUUAUUUAAUAAAAAGUAUAUUCAAAAAAUAGAACAUGUAAAAACAUUUGAAAGAAUUCGUAAUAAAAACAUAACAAUUCCUUUUAUAGUUUCCUUAUUACAUUCUUUAAAAAUUAUGAUAUCAUCAAAUUUGUUUUUAACUAAUAAUUUAUUAAAUAUGCAUGUAAGUACUAUGGUUCAGUAUGCAUAUUAUGUUUUAUUUUAUUACUAUUACAACAAGUAUAUGAAAAUAUGUCCAGAUGACAAAAUGUAUAAUAAAGAAUGUGACAAGGAAGUAAGGAAUUAUGAGAAAUUAUCAUUACGUGAUAAUAUUACAAAUAUGUUAAGGACAAAAAAAAAACACAAAGAUGAAAAUAAUAUGAACAAUGUGGAUAAUAAGGUACAUUCAAAUGAGGAUUCUUAUAAUACUACCAAGUAUUUUGGUACGAUGGAUAAAAUACAACUUGAUAAUAAUGUAACAAUGAAAGAGGAGGUUCUAGAAAAUGUUAAUGAUAUAGAUAAAAAUAAUGAACACAUGGAAAAGUUAAAUGUGAGUGUGGACACGCUGAAGUAUAGAAAUGAAUAUAUUAUGUAUGACAGUGAUGAUGACAAUAAUAAUAAUGAUAAUAAUAAUAAUAAUAAUGAUAAUAAUAAUAAUAAUAAUAAUAGUAAUAAUUUUUCUAAUUAUCCUAAUAAUUGUGAUAAUAUUUUAAAAGGUCCUAAUGAUGAUGAAGGAUCUGCUAUUUCUAGUAUAAUAAAAUUGAAUAAAAAGAAAAACAAAUCAUUGAUUAUCUUUGAAGAUUUAACACUAGACGACUUGUGCAAUAUAUAUUUAUGCUUGUGUAGCUCUUUAUAUUUUUUAAAUAGAGCAGAAGAAAAAUCUAACGAAAUAAAACAUUUAAUUUAUCUAGAACAUAAAUUUUUAAAAUUGAUUACAAAAAUAAAGUAUAUGAAAUAUUUGUCAGAUAAUUUUAUUUUCUUUUUAUUUAAGGCUCCUUCUACAUCUAAAUUAGAACAAAAAUUAGAUGCUAUUAUUCCUUCUAUAAAAAUAAAAAAUAGAAAAAAAAAAAAAAGUAUAUCAGAUAUUUUUUCUUCAACUACCUAUACACAACCUAUGCAUAUAAUGAGUUUACCUGCAGCAACAGCUUAUUUUUUAUGUAAAAUAAAAUUAUCUAUGUCAUCAAGUGGUAGUAAAGAAUUAAAUAUGUUAAGAAUUGAGAAUAUAAAAAAAUUAUUUGAUAUAUUAAUUGAUGAUUAUAAAUUAUUAACCAAUUGUAUUGAAGAGCUUUUUAUAAAUCCUAUACAAAAGGAAAAUAAAGACAAGACAAAAUCAAUAGACCAAAAAGAAGAAGAUAAUAAUAAAUCCUUGAAUAAUAUUGGAUCAGCUAAAUAUACUCGAAAAGUACGUAAAUAUCCAUAUUUACCAUAUCUUAUAUCUAAUAAGGUUUUGGUAAAUCAUAAUGUUUAUUUUAAAGCUCUUAUAAGUGACAUGUUUUUUGGUGUACAUGAAGUAACAACAUUAUAUGGCUUGCAAAAUACAUUAUUGAAAACAGUAAAACAUUUAGAAAAUGCACAAGUGAAUUUGAAUGUUAAUUAUAAAAUAACACAAAUUCAACCUAUGCAUAAUGAUGUCCUUAAUUAUUUAUCAGAACUUUCUAGUGUAGUUAAGGAUUGCUUAUAUACAAUAUUUUUGUCACAGCCGUAUAUUCAUAAAUCUCCAAAGAAAUAUACAACAAAAAGUUUAGUUAAUUAUUUUAUUAAUAAAUGUAGAUUUGUGAGGGAUUAUAACAUUUUUGAUGAUUCAAAUAAUAAGUCGUUUACUGAUGCGAAGAGUCACAAAUAUAUGACCAGAGAAUUUUAUAAUUGA